CGCCUACGUGAUCCUGACCCUCACGGCGCGCGCGCAGCUCUCUGGUGCCAGAGGUAACCAGAGUCGGGUGCGUGGUGCCAUCUGCCCUCCAUGGGAGCUUCCCUCUUGAAGUUUGAGGCUGUAGCCCAGCAAACUACCCGCCGAACUCACUCCCCACUGCCUCUGCUGUGGUCUGCACUCCGGGGCCUCAGGCAGACCCCCAUGGCUGAGUACCUGGAAGCUGCGCCUGUGAGGGCUGAUCCUGGGACUGUGGCCAAAGAGGACCCGGGGAACAAGGUCAGGGGAAGCAAGGAUCGAGGGCUGAGGAAAUGGGAAGAAGCUGAACCCCAAACUAAGAAGCUGAAGAGCAGUGAGGAAGAGGAAGAACACUGUAAGAAACUCCCCAAAAGGAAGAUUGUUCUGCUGAUGGCCUAUUCUGGGAAAGGUUACCACGGGAUGCAGAGGAACUUGGGGUCUUCACAAUUCAAGACUAUUGAAGAUGACUUGGUGUUUGCCCUUGUUCAGUCUGGCUGCAUUCCGGAGAAUCAUGGGGAAGAUAUGAGGAAAAUGGCCUUUCAGAGGUGUGCGCGGACAGACAAGGGUGUGUCUGCCGCUGGCCAGAUUGUAUCAUUGAAGGUGUGGCUCAUUGACAACAUUUUGGAAAAGAUUAAUAGUCACCUUCCAUCCCAUAUCAGGAUCCUAGGUUUGAAGAGGGUCACUGGGAGUUUUAAUUCAAAGAACAGAUGUGACGCAAGGACCUAUUUCUACAUGCUGCCAACAUUUGCCUUUGCCCACAAGGACCACGAUGUCCAGGAUGAGAGGUACCGCCUGAGCCCCGAGACCCUCGAGAAAGUCAACCAGCUCUUGGCCAGCUACAAGGGGACCCACAGCUUCCACAACUUCACCUCCCAGAAGGGCCCCAAGGAGCCCAGCGCCAGGCGCUACAUCAUGGAAAUGCACUGUGAGGUGCCUUUUGUGCGGGAAGGCAUGGAGUUUGCCGUGAUCAAGGUCAAGGGCCAGAGUUUUAUGAUGCAUCAAAUCCGGAAGAUGGUCGGCUUGGUGAUCGCCAUCAUGAAGGGCUACGUGCCAGAGUCAGUGAUGGAGCGCAGCUGGGGAGAGGAGAAAGUGGACAUCCCCAAGGCGCCGGGGUUAGGGCUCGUGCUGGAAAGGGUCCAUUUCGAGCAGUAUAAUCGGCGUUUCGGGAACGACGGGCUGCACGAGCCCCUGGACUGGGUGGAAGAGGAGGAGAAGAUGACUGUGUUCAAAGAGCAGUAUAUCUACCCCACCAUCACCAAGACAGAAAUGGAAGAACACUCCAUGAUGAACUGGCUAAACACUCUGCCAAACCACGACUUCGAUGCUGGAACUCCUGAGGCCAAGGCCGACAAUGGAGACACAAAGGCCAUUGAUAGUCUUAAAGGCAGUGAUGGAGGCGGGGAUGACUCUGAUUGAGAAGACACAAGUCACCAGGGGAGCAGAACCGUAUCUCGCCAAGAGGGUCUUUGGCAGCCUCUCUGAAACCCACAUAGACACACCAACCCAGCUUAUUGGCUUGCUUUUUGUGUCUGGUUUCUGAUGACCAAAAAGAGCUGGGAAGAUGGAAGUCAUCAGGCGGACACAGAAAAUGUCAGGGCCAGAAAUACUUGAAAAUUUUAUGCUUCAAAUAAAGGACUGAUUUUGUUCUUUUAUUGCCUUCAGGAUCCCAAAGCCUGGUAGCCUUCUGCAUUUGGAUCACAAAAUAAACUGCCUCUAGCCUGCUAUUAGUUCAUUCUCUUAAUGUUGCCCACUUCUAGAAAAUUGGGAAAGGAAAAACUUUUUUUUAAAGAAAUGAUUUUAUUAAAUAGGUGCAAACUA